AGAAUUACGGUAAUAGUUGGCGCAGAUUUAUGACGUAUACUAUGUGCGCAAGCAGCGCAAAUCACAAUCGGUACUGUUGAAUGGUUGAAAUCAACGUUUGUGUACUUUUUUCGCAGAUUAGCAACCACCUUUUGGUAAUGUCGAUCAUUUCAUAUAUUGUGAGGCCAGACCUCUAAACAGUCCUCCUUCACAAUUCACACAUUCUGUUAAAUCCAUCAAAUCAGUCGGGAAAUAGCUUCUCUGACUGUUCAGAGGGAGCUUGGUUGCUUAGCGUUUGGUUACUGGGAAGUUUGUUAUAGGACUAUCACUGGAGCUAUUUAAACGUUUAGGUGCGCAAUUCGGCGUUUUCUAGACAGUGUAGUAAGCAAGUAUACUAGAAGUGAAUUUGUAUCCGUGGUGCAUACAUUUCUACCGGUGGCGUCGACGUGUGGAAGUCCAUAGGGAAAUCUUUGAUCUCACAGGUCUGCUGCCAUGGCUGCGAAUCCACCCGGACAAGGAUUUCAAAAUAAGAACAGUAGAGCUGCCAUUUUAGCUGAUCUUGAAAAAGAGAAGAGGCGAUUGAUUCAAAGCCAAACCAUGAACCCAGGAGCAAGCAUUCCUCUAGCAAGACCAGCAGUGAAUAAUGUGGUGAGAGACCAUGCGGAACAGCAGCACAUCGCUGCCCAACAGAAAGCAGCUUUGCAGCAUGCCCAUACUCACUCCUCUGGUUUCUUCAUCACCCAAGACUCAUCCUUCGGAAACCUCAUACUUCCCGUUUUGCCUCGGCUGGAUCCUGCGCCUGAGUAAGGGGAGUUUUAUUGACAAGCACACAUGGACUGGCUCAGUUGAGUUGGAAUAAUGAGCUUUUGGCUUUCAGCCUAAAAGUAAAUGAGGGUCAAGAAAGCUACACAAACUGGCUAAUUAUUGUGUUGAUGUUAAAUUCGCUUUUUUGUAUUUUAUAUUUUUAAAUAAAAUGUGUACAAAUACACGCAAACUUAGA